CGGGAUGCUGGAAAAACCCAAACCCGUGGUGUCGUCUCAUUCCGUUGAUGCCCCGCCUUCUCCACCGACGCCUUCUUUUCCGAUCGAUCUGCUCCGCCACAUCCACCGCCGCCAGUAAUCUGAGCUCUCCUGAUCCCGCCACCAUCUGUGAUCUCGCCUCCCGCCAGGACUGGUCCUGCCUCAAGACUCUUAUCUCCGACUCCGCCGCCAACCCUGCAGAUGUUGUCGCAUCCUUCCUCCGCCUCAUUCUCGAGUGCCCCUCCUCCUCUGCCACUGCCCUAUGUUUCUCCCGCUGGUCCCAGAGCCACUACCGCGUACCCCUCGAACUCCACCUCCACUGCCGCCUCAUCCUCGCCCUCGCGGCCGAUAAGCUCUACCCCCAAAUUCGCUCGGAAUUCCACUACCUCACCAUUUCCGGUACCCACUCCGCGAUAUCCAUUCUCCACAUGCUCUCUGUCUCCGCCGAGCCCUCCCGCCGCCGCUAUGACUGCCUCUCCAUCCUCGCCGACAUGCUCCUCCUUGCCCUGGUCAAUAACUCGAAGAUCGAUUCCGCCAUCGAGGUCUUCUACCGUACCGGCGAUUACGGGUACCGCCUCUCCGUCCUGUCUUGUAACCCUUUAUUAAAUUCUUUAAUAAAGGAGAAGGUCGACAUGGUGGAAACUAUGUAUAAGGAGAUCAUGCGAAGGAGGAUAGCACCCAACCUGUACACUUUUAAUACUGUUAUUAAUGGCCUUUGUAAGGCAGGAAAGCUGAGGAAAGCUACAGAUGUGUUGAAUUCCAUCAAGUCCUGGGGGUUCUCACCGUCGGUAGUUAGUUACAACACGCUCAUUGAUGGGCACUGCAAGAACGGCGGAGCUGGGAAGUUGUACAAGGCUGAUUCCUUACUAAAAGAGAUGGUGGCCAGUAAUAUUCGUCCCAGUGUGAUUACUUUCAAUAUUCUGAUCAACGGUUACUGCAAGGAUGGUAACAGUUCUUUUGCAAUGAGGUUUCUGGAUGAAAUGAAGCGGCAAGGACUCUCCCCCAAUGUUGUUACUUAUAGCUCUUUGAUCAAUGGUCUUUGUUGUGAGGACAAGUUGGGAGAAGCUCUGGAGUUGCUUACCGAAAUGCAGGAUUAUAAUUUGAAUCCUUAUGUGGUGAUCUUCAAUGCUAUCAUCAAUGGAUUGUGUAAGAAAGGAGACAUGGAAAAGGCUAAGGGGUUUUUGGAUGUCAUUAGUGAGAACAACUUGUUGCCGAAUGUUAUUACGUACAACACCUUGAUUGAUGGGUGUUGUCGUGCUGGUAUGAUGGAGGAAGCAACUGGGUUGAAAGGAUUGAUGUUAAAGAAAGGGAUUAAUCCUAAUAUUUCAACCUAUAAUUGCUUGAUAAAUGGAUUCUGCAAAAAUGGGGAUAGAAAAAUAGUUGUAGAGCUUUUAGAUGAAAUGAAAGAGAAAGGCGUAAGAGCUGAUCUUGUGACUUACAAUGUGUUGAUUGGUUCUUUGUGCAAUGAAGGGAAGUUAGCAAAGGCAGUUAAGUUGUUGGAUGAGAUGUUGGAGAUGGGUGUGAAGCCAAGCCACCUAACAUACAAUACAUUAAUAGAAGCAUUCUGUAAAAAAGGGAACCUCGGUGCAGCUUAUAAUAUGAAGAUAAGGAUGGAAAGGAGUGGAAAACGUGCAAAUGUUCCAACUUAUAAUAUAUUUAUCAAGUACUUUUGUGGAAUAGGUAAGAUGGAAAAGGCAAACGAGCUACUGAACAUGAUACUGGAGAAAGGUUUGUUACCAAACAGAGUGACUUAUGGUAUGAUCAAGGAUGAGAUGAUUGAGAAAGGUUAUGUUCCUAAUAUAGACGGACAUCUUUGUAGCAGUAGUUCGGCUUAGUUGGAGAAAGGAAUAGUAUGGCAUUAGAUUAAUUUUAAAGGAGUAAAAUGUAUAUUCAUGAGACUUUAAUUGAGAAAGAGAUUGCAGUUUCUCUGAUAAAUUCUAAAUCUUUCCAAGUUAUGAUAGUGGUGGUGGCUAUGACCAAGAUACCAUUUAUUAAUAGGCUGAGGGCAUAGAAAUUUUCAACUUCUGCAUGCUUCAUUUAAGAUUACUGAUUUCAUCAUAUAGAAUAAAACUGUUGAAUUGCUGCAAUGAGAUUUGAUAUCCAUGCUCUACAGGUUUCGUUAACUUGGUUAUUGCAGUAUCAGAAACAUUAUUGUAGACAAUGAUUUGCUUGAAAAUCUUGCAAAAAAGUCUUUUCUGUAUCAAGCUUAAAGGUUAUAUGCUCACAGCAGUGUAAUAUGAGAAGUAAAUGAUCUUAUGGGUUCAAGCAGUUUGUAGUUCAGGGGUUGUACAUCUGUUUGGAUGGCAAAGGUCAUAGUGAUGCAUAGUGGCAUCUGAUUUCUUUUGUUUACAACUGCAUGAACUGGAAAAAAAUUCCCUUUAAAGGAAUAAAUGUAGCACAGCCGACUGAGCAUAUUUCAGAUAGCACCAUGUUGCUCGACAAAAAUUAUGGCUGCCUCCAUAGAUUCGUUCCAAGCAUUCUACACUGGACAAGAUAGCCCUUUUAGCAGCUACUGGUAACCAGAAUGGCUCUUCUAUGCCUAGCUUUUUCUUGAGGGGUUACAUUUCAAAUUUGGACUCAUUUUAUGAAGGCUAUAAUAUGUUGGUAUUUCUUCACUACUUUAUGAUAAUCUGUCACAGCCUCCAUACAUCAAAUACUAAUCGACUUUAUUAUAUCCACAUUUCUUUCCAAAUAAGCAUGUACAUGACAUCAAGUUUUAUGAACAACCAUCCAUUCUGAGUUUACUGCAGCGACAUUACCUUUAAGAUUAUUUUCCUGUGAGCUCAUCUUCCAGUUCUAUUUCACAUGACCGUUGAUAACCUGCUGGAAUCUCUUUCACAUAACUGGACAGAUAUCACUGAACCACGACUCGCAUUGUCUCUAACUUCAACUUCAGUGCAGCGCCCAUAUGAUUGCACUUGCAAGUUGGUUAGAGUUUGGAAUCACAUGGAGGGCAAGUACCCCUGAACAAAAAUGGUCCUCCAUGGCUUUCAAGGUUACCCAACUCCACCCUUUCAUUAUUCAAGCAAAGAGGACCAUAUUACAAUCAGGUUCAGCUCGGAUUAUAUAUAUGUAUAACAGUCCCCUACUACUUCUACUCCUACAAACAAGCAUUUCCCUGUGCUCGUGCAUCACCUCAACCAUACUCCAUGUAGAUGCAAUUUGAUCUCAACACAAACAAUGCAGAUAAUUUCAGCUCAGCAACUACAAAUCUGUUGACCAGAUGGUCGGUGGAAGGAACAAAAGAUUCUACCUUUAAAGCGCGCUUCAGUGCAAUUCUGAACAAAUAAAAUUGCGGGGUUGUUUUGAGACCAUUAGUUCAUCUAAAAAUUCAAUAUCUUGCAUUGAGAAGACAAAUAUAUUGUUGGAGGGAGUACAUCUGAUGCUAUGUUUUGUUACAUGGAAUAUUGCCACUUCUGAGAAACAAAAUGCAGAACUAACACUAUUAGACACAAAUCUGUGUUUAGGGUGUUGGUAGAGGGCCCUAGCUAUGUUGUGUUUAGAUGAAUUAUUUUAACUACCCCUAAUCAGUCAAUAUGCCUUGUGAUGUUAA